AUGUAUUCCAUUUGUAAAAAUCUAAUUGUGAAGCAUACUGGUAAUAACAAUGAAAUAUUAUUAAUUAGUCUAAAUCGUCCAUCGAAACGGAAUGCUGUUAAUCCUGAAACUGCACUAGAAUUACAUCAAACGUUAAUUCAAUAUGAAAAUGAUUCAAAUACAAAAAUUGCUAUACUCUAUGGUGAAGGGGGUUGCUUCUGUGCCGGUUAUGAUUUAUCAGAAGUAUCCGAAGAAAAUACACACUUAAAAAAAUACUAUGAUAAAAGUUUAACAGCACCUAUGGGACCCAGGUAUGUGUUAAAACAUAUGCAAAGUUUCUUAAUGCAAACCUAUCUGAGAAGUGGUAGUAUCCUUAACUAUCUCUUUAUCUCAGCUAUUAUCAGUUUCAGAAUACAGUGAAGUUUCGCAUAUACUGAAUAACUUUUUAUUGGAAAUAGAAAAACCAUUUCCACCAUUGAAAAGAAAAGACUUUUUGCUAUGAAAUGAUGUGAAAGGUCGAGCCGAGCCACCAUCUCCAGCUGAUGUACCUCAUUCACCAGCAAUGAAAAUGCCGUAGAACGCAUGCAUUUUAUCCAAAAUGAAUGGACCUUAGGAGUCAGUGCAGUUUUUGUCUGCUGCAUUGCUUCUCUCAUCGAGAAUACAAAUAGCAAACUUAAGCGAAAAGAGGUUUUCUCGAGAGCUCGUGAAAAACCAAAGACUAAAUUGUUCGUAAGACUAAAGUUUUAAUAUUCCACACCCGUAAAUCAUGUAGCGCUGACGAGGGAACCUUUUUAGGUGAUACGCUCCGAUUUCCUUCUCCUAAUAACAAUCGAUAGAGCACAUCGAGCUCGUAAAAAGCCUAAAAGAAUUCGUUCGCCUGACUCUUGAAGACCCCGUUUUCUAGACACCCAGUUUUUUAAAAACUCUAAAAAAUAACCAGAACCUUUUCUUGAUGAUGCAUGAUUGUAGCCUGCACAUUUCUGAGACGCCCACCCCCCCCAGCUCUACAUGACGUUUCUUUGCCAAGUUAUAGAAUCUACAAGAAAAGCUCUAAAUGUUCAUCAGCUCAAAGCUGCAGAGAUAGGAAGAAGUUACUUAGAGCUUUUGUUGUAAAUUCUAUAACUUUGCAAAGAAACGUUGUGUAGAGCUGGGGGGCGUCUCAUUUUAAUCAGAAAUAUGCGGGCUACAAUCAUGCACCAUCAACAAAAGGUUUUGGCUAUUUUUUAGAGUUUCUAAAAAACUGGUUUUCUAGAUACCGGGUCCUCAAGAGUAAUAGGCCCGAAUUCUUUUAGGCUUUUUACCUGCUCGGUGUGCUCUGUCGAUUGAUAUAUAAGCGAAGAAAAUCGGAGCAUAUGGUCUGAAAAAGCCCCCUCGUGAGUUGGCACUGAGAAUUUGAAAGUUUUAUAAGCUAAACUAGACAAAUUCAUUCUUUCAAGGUCAAGAUGCACAAAUCGAUUUGUCUGAAAAACUCCUCUUCUAAAGUCCAUUCAACUCGGUGAAGAAAAUAAUCAUUGCCACGUUGUUCAGGAGGGACAACAGCCAGCUUCCGAUGUGUUUUUGAGAUUCCCAGGCUCAAAGUGCCAGACAGACAUCUCUUCGGGUAUCCGAUGUAGCUCCUGAACCAUGGAAGCGAGAGAGAUGGACUCGUUUUUUUGUAGAAUUGUUAACCGCCGUCUAAGCUAGCGAACGACUAAAUUUGGAUUUGAAAUCUAUUAAAUCUACAUGGUCUGGCGAUCUACUCUUUGAAAGAUUGAUGAGGUACACUGGCUGCAGACGGUGGUUCGGCUUGACCUUUUACAUCGUUUCAUAGCAAAAAUGUUCUCUUUUCAACGGUAAAAACUGAAUGUUUUUUGUACUGUUCACAAUGAAAAAUUUAUUCAGUAAAUGAGAGACUGCAGUGCAUUUUGAAACCGGUAGUAGUUCCCAUUGUUCCCACUCACGUUCAUAUAACAAAAUGUUUGUCUGUCUGUCUCUUUGUUCACACGACGAAUUUAAAAAUGCAAUAACUUUUGAGAGAAACGGUUUGACUAGGUGAAACUUAGGGAGCAUGUCAAAAUGUAUUCCGGUCGGUCGGUCGCUAUUCCGCUAUUCCUCCAUUCCUCUAUUCCUCUAUUCCGCUAUUCCUCUGUUCCGCUAUUCCUCUAUUCCGCACACAACAUUUCGUUUUAUAAUAACUUUUAUAUACAUGUAUAUAGGAACUUCGUUUUCUUUUCUAAUUUAAUCUGAUUAGAUUAGUUUGAUUAUUUCUUCAAAGA